CAGCUGUUGCACCGAAUCCUAGAACAACUCGACGCGUCCUCUCCUCAACAGCUGGAUUUACAAGUGGCACAAUGGGUACAAGCGUAACACCGCUCAGACGCGUCAAGCCUAUCGGCUGUAUCGGACGGACACAACGUCACCACUUCGCUAUUUGCAGCCUGCUGAUGGUGUUCAUGCCCACCACGGUUACGACGUAGCCAGCUUAGGAAGCUUAUCGGACCCCUCGUACAAAUUGGCCUCUCUCAACGGGUCGACAUCGCGGCACGGAAUCUGUACGCAAGGGCAAGCACAUUGCUCUGCUCGGUUGCUGGGCAAUCUUCUUGUAUCAAGCCAAGAUGAGUAAAAUGGCGGGCGUCGGCCCAGGGCAACGAGGUGGGCCAUCCAGCAAGAACAGCAAAGAGGCGGACCCGAUUCUGCUGUCUCUCUUUGCAAAUCGCUUCAUUUCUGUUGCGGAGGCUAUGGGGCGCUCGCUGCAACAGACCAGCAUCUCCACCAACAUCAAGGAGCGCCUCGAUUUCUCUUGCGCUCUCUUCUCGCCGGACGGAUCGCUCGUGGCCAAUGCGCCGCACUUACCCGUCCACUUGGGAAGCAUGAGCUUCGCCGUGCGCUACCAGAUUGCACACCUUGCCCAAGCGAACGGAGGUGAUGGGAUCCAGCGCGGCGAUGUCAUCCUCGCAAAUCACCCGGCAGCCGGGGGAAGCCAUUUGCCAGACAUGACUUGCAUAACGCCUGUCUUUGCAGAGGAUCGAGAUGAGGUUAUCUUCUUCACUGCCUCCCGCGGUCACCAUGCCGACAUUGGUGGGAUCCUUCCGGGCUCUAUGCCGCCCACGAGCAAGACGCUGUACGAAGAAGGCGCCCAGAUCAAGUCCUUCAAAAUAGUCAGUCAGGGCGAGUAUGAUCGCCACGGGCUCAUAAAGCAUAUGCUCGAAGAUCCGAGCAAGUACCCCGGCUGCUCAGGAAGUCGCUGUAUUCGCGAUGUAGAGAGCGAUCUUCAGGCACAAAUCGCGGCGAACCAAAAGGGUAUCAACCUCAUCCAGAUGCUCGUCGAGGAGUGGGGGUUAGGGACGGUGCAGGAGUACAUGCUUCACAUACGCAACAAUGCCGAACUAGCGGUUCGGAACCUGCUGCGCGACGUGUCAAAGCGCCAAGGCACGAAUUCGCUGCAUGCCAUUGAAUAUAUGGACGACGGGACGCCCAUCGAAUUGCGGGUGACGAUUGAUCCUUCAGCAGGCUCGGCCAUCUUUGACUUUGAAGGCACGGGUCCAGAAGUGCAGGGGAACUGGAAUUGCCCCAAAAGCGUCUCGCAUUCUGCCAUCAUCUACUGCUUGCGAAGUAUGGUCAGCAUGGACAUUCCACUCAACCAGGGGUGCCUAACGCCGAUCGAAGUCCGCAUCCCAAAGGGGAGCCUGUUGGAUCCAAGCGAUAGCGCGGCAGUUGUCGGAGGCAAUGUGCUCACUAGUCAAAGGAUCACGGAUGUCGUGCUCAAGGCUUUCAAAGCCGUCGCAGCGAGUCAAGGUUGUACGAACAACUUGACUUUUGGCCUCGGAGGCCGCGACAAAGAUGGAAACCACGUCGAGGGCUUUGGCUACUACGAGACCAUCGCUGGUGGAUCCGGUGCUGGGCCCUCUUGGCACGGGACAAGCGGCGUGCACACACACAUGACAAACACUCGCAUCACUGACCCAGAAAUCAUGGAACGGCGCUACCCUGUGAUGAUCCGGCAAUUCUCCUUGCGCACCGGGUCAGGCGGCGAUGGGCUGUAUAGAGGCGGCGAUGGUGUGAUCCGUGAGAUUGAGUUCCACUCUCCGUCGAUCCAGGUGUCAAUUCUGUCUGAGCGGCGCGUCUAUCGGCCCUUCGGCUUAGAAGGCGGCGAGGACGCCAAGACUGGUCUGAAUCUGUGGGUCAAGCAGCGGAGAGAGGAGGAUGGUGACUUGCUUGAUGAUGACGAGGAUCGAGACGAUGACGGCGUCGGCGUCGACGCCAGCGCCAGCGCCGGAGAUGGCGGGCAAAGCGAUGGAACAGCGAAGAGGCGCAAGCAGGAGAAGGUCAUGGAUGAGAACGGUAAAGUCCGCCAGCCACCGCGCAUCAUCAAUCUAGGCGCCAAGACGACCGCACGCAUGGGCCGAGGUGACCGGAUCAUCAUUCACACUCCCGGCGGCGGGGGUUGGGGCAAGAAAAGCGAGCGACAGCAAGCAAGUCCAAGUACAUUUGAUAGAAAUGCCGGAGACAAGAAGGGCGCAGAAGUCGAGAAAGAAGAAUUCGAGCGGGGCAAAGCGAUGAGUGGACGCACAGCGUCACUCGAUCGCGCGCAUUUCGAGAACGGGCUACAUACGACACAUAGCAAAGGAAGCAUGAUGGAAUGGGAGGCUGCCCAGCUUGGCGCAUGAUCGUGUGAUAUCUUAUUGCGCCCACUCCACAUUGCUAUUAUAGACAAAUGUCCUCUUU